UAUUUGUUAACAAUUUCCUUUUAAAAUUCCCGACCCACCCUCUUUUCGCACAUCCCUGCUGCCAAACAAACCCCUCUCCACUAUCGCUGUUAACUCUCUUCUUGCUCUCAACUUUCCAAUAGCCCAGGAAAUUGAAUAAGCAUUAAGUAUGAAGGUGCGAGCAUCAGUGAAAAAGAUGUGUGAGUUCUGUAGAACCGUUAAGCGCCGCGGACGGGUAUAUGUACUAUGCACUUCCAACCCUAAGCAUAAGCAACGACAAGGCAUUUCCACAUUUGCUUCUGAAGGCACACUGCCCCCUGCGACGGCAGAGACAAAUGUCAAGCAUCCAAUCAUUCCCAGUUACAGCAUGCGGCCAGGACUAGCAUCCCUUAUUCCUAAAAUGCAAGAGCCGUCUUCAUCGAUUAUUGGGUGGAGGGCUAACCUGGCAUCUCUCAUAUUCAAACGCUGCAAUUAGGGAAACCACAAAAAGAGAUACAUUACAGUCGCCUACUUAAUAUUCAACUGAUUCUGCGGGAACUAGGAUUCUAUGAUUUUGUUUUCAAUUGCAAUUAUAUUGAGUAGUGAUGAUACAUUUGGAGCUAUGUUUGGUGUUUUGUUUGAUCAUGAUGCUAUACAUGAUGUUGCAUUCCUAAA